AUGUCGAUUUCCUUAAAUACUAUUACGAUUUCCAACUUUAAGACAUUCAAAGGAGAAACAGUAAUCGGUCCUAUUCAGCCAUUUACGGCAAUAAUCGGUCCAAAUGGAUCUGGAAAAUCAAAUAUUAUGGAUGCUGUAAGGUUCGUAUUAGGGGAGAAAUCUAGCGCUUUGCGCGUUAAACGCCUUAACGAACUCAUUUAUGGAUAUCCUGAAGAAUUAUCAGCAUAUGGUGCUACCUAUGUAAAAAUCAUCUUUGUGAUAGACGACAUUGAAGAAAAGAAUUUCACAAGAACGAUACAUGGCGAAAUUAGUCAAUACAAAAUGGAUGACAAGAUUGUUACGAGCGUAAUUUAUAUGGCUGAAUUGCAAAAAAUGAAUUUGGAUAUAAAGGCAGGGAAUUUUUUAAUACCUCAGGGCUACAUUGAAAGUUAUGCAUUAAAAACUCCAAAAGAAUUGACCGAGAUGUUUGAAGAGAUUAGUAAUUCAAAUGCGUAUAAAGCAGAUUAUGAUAGGUACACGAGAACUUCUAUUUUAACUGAUUACAUUAGUUUUGCUAUAAGAUUUAGUAAAUUGAUUAGAUAUUUUUGA